AAGAGACUGACUGACUCGUUGAGAGUACUAGAAAUCAAGUUCGAUAGAGAAACUAUUUGUUUAGAGCUCCUAAUCAAGUUAACCACCAAUUACUGACGGCCUAAAACUAAUGAUACGCAGCAUAUCAUUUUGAUAGGCAGACGCUCUUAAAAUCAGGCGUACUAACUAAUGGAUGUAGAGAAGGACUCGUCUCUCCAUGAAUUUCCACCUGUAUUUGAAGACGAAUGCUCUAUGAUAACUAGUAUGGAUCGAUCAGAGCGACCACGUUUUCAGGAAUCUCUAGACAGUGGUUACGAGGCUUCACCUUCUCGGAGCAGCUGUCAAGAAAUGUUCAUUUUCGGUACUGAUAUUACCACAGAGGGGCCACUUAGAGAUGCAGAUUCGUGUGAUGUGGAUCUAGACGAACAACCACUAGAAUUGGAAACCCACGAAAGUGACCCUUGUGGAAGAAACGGUCAUUCUUGUCUUUGUGUUUGUGGAGAAAACCAGAAUUGUUGCUCAUCGUCUUCCUGUAGAAUUCAGUCUAUAUGUGGAAAUGAAACUGACGAUAGUGGUUCUCCCAGUUCUGUUAGCCAUUCUCUUCCAAUUUUCAUCAGUCCUCAUUCUUCUAGAAAUCUCCAGACCAGAAAUGUUUUUUUAUCCUCCUCCUUCAACACGGUCAUACGACGCAGUUCCUACCCUCAUGCCAGUCCAACACGUGCUCCCUUGGUGUCUUCUUCUGCUUCAUGCCAGUCUGGUCCAACCUUUCGUUUCUUCCAGUCCGAAAAUGUCAUUGACCGCACCCAUUGUGAUUGGACAAUUGGUGGAGAUUCGCUUCCUCUAGCAGGAAGCCAAACUAUUUCUGUUGCAACACAGACGAUAUUCGAGAACCCAGUUGAAAGAAAUGAUUUGAACGGAGCUGUUGCACCAUCAAGAAGUGAUCCAGUCUUCCACUUACCAGACCAAGACACUAAUUCUGCUCCGGUGUCUACAGAGAACCAAUCAGCUCACAGAACUCUCCCCGAUGUGGUCCAAUCUCCACUGGCACAGACACGUGGCCGGUCUCUUUCCGUACCUUUAUCAUUUGACGAACGGGUUCGUGAGGCUGGAUCUAUCCUGAGGAGAGUUAGUAGAGAAUUUGAACAAUUUUCUAUUCAGAGCUCAAUAUCACAAGAUAGAACAGAAACUUUAGUGAUACAAGUCAGAAGAGAAGAAGAACAGCAAACAAUUAGACAGCGACGAUUCUCCACUGUUGACAGUUCUUUCCCUCAUCAGUGACUUUCGUUUCAACUAUAGGGUUCGAUACGCUCAGUUGAAAAAACAAAGUUUUGUUUUCUCGCUGUUUCUAUUUUCUCGCUCAAUCGACACUAAAAAAACCUUAAUAAAUCUUGCCAAAGAUACUGCUAUAAACUUAAUGGUGGAGAUAUGAAUUGAUUAUAUUAUUGACGCCGAUAGAAGGCAUAUUUUACCUUGUUCCAAGUAUGGGGCUGUAUCUCGAGACUCUGGACGUGCAUGAUCAUGACGUCGUCGAAAAAACAAACAAACUUUUCGCCUUACGAAUUAAAAUUGGAGUCUCUGCGAUGCUAACGUCACGUAAAACGAGGAUAUCGUUAAGUACCGAAACAAGAAGUGGAUAAAAAAGACGUUUUCCUCUGUUACAUUCUCUAUUGGCAAACUAUGUUUAUGUGAAUGUGAGUUAGAAGCACAAAGUUAACUAUAUACGAGGCAGUGCUGAAAAGCCAUUGCGUAAUCACAGCACUACCUGGUGGUGUUUUUAUGUAUGUAUUAACACACAUUAAAAAAAAGGGUUACACUAUUUACAUAAACUAGUUCUUGUUUACGAUGUCCAUUAACAGAAAUAUCAGAGAGGCUUAAAUAUAGUAUCUUACUUUAGUCAUUAUGUUAACUUUUACGUUGUUUACAUAGUUAUAAAGGAUCUCGUUUUCAGGGUAUUUUAAAGCUUUAAGAAGGGCUUGAAUGCUCUAUAGUAAAACAGGAGAAUUAGUGUUGAAGGUAUCAAUUUGUAUCUAGUCUUCUGGUUAUUGAAUAAGGUGGCUGAUGAUAUUGAGAGAAAUGAUUGUCCACCUGGUGUAUUUUACUCGCAUUUCAUCUCACGUUUGUGCAGUAAUAUCUCAUAUUUUCUCGUAUUCAAGCUUUACAGAGAGACCUUAAAACCGUGUUUCUGACAAAUAUUUCUCUGUAGUUAUUAAUAUUACAUAUUUGUAUAUAAAGUGUAAUUAAUAACAGUAUAACGCAAAAAAAAGUUUAAUUACAUUAAGUCGUGCUGUUAUGUAAAAUUUAACUCGCAUGGCCAAACAUGUUAUCAUAAUUAAAGCUAUUUAAUCAAGUUAUUUAACGAAGAUUUGUUUUAAAUGUAAACCUAAUAACUAAUUCAUAUUUUUUUACUACUGAAAGAUAUUGUAAAGUUUUAGGCUUAAAUUAAAUGAAUUAAAUUGAUGCAGGUAAGUUACUAGGUACGCUGGAUGCGGGUGAUGGAAAUGAAUCAGUGAUUAUGAUUCUCUAGCAACAAGCGUUACUACGCCUUUUCUAGGUAUGUUUGCUACUUGCUUUAUGUGGUGAAGUAACUUAUUGAAAGUUACGUAAUUAAAAAUGGUAUUGAAACAAUUUGGAAUUUUAUAACAUUGAAGAUAGCUGGCAUGACUUCUAACUUUCUUUCCUUUUUGUGCUGUAAUGUUUAAUAUAGUUCAGAAAUAUUUGAUGGUACGGUAAACAUUUUUUUUCAUAUCUUUUACUCCUCUAUAUGAGUAAUAAUAAACAAUAUGGUUUAGGUGUAAUUAUUGACUUAUUGUUCGUAGGUUUUCAUUAUUAUUGUUGAAACAAAUUUCAUCGUAAAGAUCAUCAGCAAGUUAAGAUAUUAUUUAUUGAAAGGUAUAUCUGAUCUUCUGUACUGUGAUACAAGUACACUAUAAUAAAGGUGUAAUAUUCA